AUGGCGGACGGCGAGGAUGCCCCCAAGAAGCGAACCUUCAAGAAGUACUCAUACCGUGGCAUCGAUCUCGACAAAUUGCUGGACAUGAGCAACCAGGAUCUCAUGGAGCUUUUUUGCGCGCGCCAGCGUCGAAAGUUCAGCCGCGGGAUCAAGCGCAAGCCGAUCACGGUGCUCAAGAAACUGCGCAAGGCAAAGCGUGAGACCGCCUACGGGGAGAAGCCGGAGGCAGUGAAGACGCACCUGAGAAACAUGGUCAUCGUGCCAGAGAUGAUCGGGAGCGUGGUUGGCGUUUACAACGGCAAGCAGUACAUCAACGUGGAGAUCAAGCCAGAGAUGAUCGGACACUACUUGGGAGAGUUUUCGAUUACCUACAAACCGAUCAAGCACGGCCGCGCGGGGAUGAUGGGCAAGAACUCCCAGUUCGUGCCGCUCAAGUGA